AUGGCCGACUACGAGCUCCGCACUGCUACAGUGGCCGAUGCCGCCUCCCUCGCCAACAACAACAUGCGCGCCUUCUGGGGCGAGCCCGGCUGGCGAAUCAUGUACAUGCAAGAAGACGGUACUCUCGUUAUAAGCCUAGAAGACCUCAUUGAGAGGACCAAAAUCAGGACCCCGUACAACUUGAUCAAAGAUCCCGUGCUGGCGCGCCAUCAAGUCAUUAUCCAUGUGCCCACAGGCGAAGUGGUAGGCUAUGCGCGCUGGCAAGUCCCUGUAACGCACUUGGACAUGUGGGCGGACGCCAAGGUGCCCGAGAUACCGGAAGACGAGAAGAACGCGUACCAGGAGACAUUUAAGCGCACGCCACUGCCUCUGGCGAAACGCAGUGACGAUCCCGUGCCGGAUCACCACUACGCGGGGUGGAAGGAGAAGUACGGCCCGUUUGUCCCAUACAUGAAGCUUGAGUAUCUUGCCACACGGCCAGAUCAUCAACGACAAGGUCUAGCUGGAAAGCUCGUCGAGGCAGGUCUAGAGGAAGCAGCGAGAGUAAAUAUCCCCGUCUCGAUAUACUCUAGCACAAAACGCGCCCUGCCUCUAUACCAGAAGCUAGGGUGUAUCUUAUACGACGAAAAGACGGUAGACUUGCGCCCGUUUGGAGUAGAUGGCUCUUACGACACGGCGUAUCUUGUUAAAGAUGCCCCAGAGCCACUACAAUAG